AUAUUUUGGCUCAGUGUUGAAGUCCCCUUCACCAUAGUCUAAAUAUCAUACCCUCCAACCUCCUCCUCCUCCCAACUCUCUUUCUCCAUCCCUGCUUUUGUAUUGCCUUGUUUCUCUCUCUCUCUCUCUCUCUCUCUCUCUCUCCCUCUCCCUCUCCCUCUCCAUGUGAGGAGGGAAAACGGCAUCAGCAGCUGAGCCACAGUAACGGCACAUGCAACAGGGUGCAGAUAGCACCUUCUGCUUCGCCACCUCUUCUCAGUGACUCUCCUCCCUCCUUGAGGAAGCCUGCAAGGAAGAAAAUAAGGAGAGUAGAGAGACUUGAAGAAGGAGGAGGAUAGAAAAGAGCCAGUUCAGCAGCGCAGAAGAGUUAAGAGCUAUGAGUGAAGUGAAGAUGCCACCUGUGGCUCCAGUUUGAGUUAGCUCGACCUAGUGUGGCUGCUCUACUUCCCUCAUUUCUCUCUGACCACAUUUUUCCACACCGAUGGCCUCCAAGAAGAAGUGGGCUGAGCGGAGGGAGCUGCGGAGGGAGCGGACUUUCUCCACCCGGGAUGAUCCAUCUGCUGCGCCCGGGGCAUCUGGGCCGGGGCGCCCGACCACCAGGGGGCGUUUCUCAGAGUCAUGGAAGAGGCUCAGCUCCAGAGGGGGUUCCACCAAGAGGGGGGCGCUUAACUCUCAGCAGCCACCGGCACAGAAAUCGUGGAUAGAAAGAGCCUUCAGCAAGAGAGAAUGUGUUCAUAUCAUAGUGAGCGCCAAAGACCCCCAUAGGUGCUGCUGUGGACGUCUGAUAGGUCAACACGUGGGCCUGCCCCCCGGCAUCUCCUCCAGUCAGAAUGACAAGGCGGAGCGCGUGGCCAAGAACGACAGCCUGUCGGAGAAGUGGUCGAUCAGCAAGCACACGCAGCUCAGUCCCACCGAUGCCUUCGGCACCAUCGAGUUCCAGGGAGGAGGACACUCCAACAAAGCCAUGUACGUGCGAGUGUCUUACGACACCAAGCCUGACCUGCUGCUGCACCUGAUGACCAAGGAAUGGCAGCUGGACCUGCCCAAGCUGCUCAUCUCCGUCCACGGAGGUCUGCAGAACUUUGAAUUACAACCCAAACUCAAGCAGGUCUUCGGCAAAGGGCUCAUCAAGGCUGCCAUGACGACGGGAGCCUGGAUUUUCACUGGCGGGGUCAACACGGGUGUGAUUCGUCACGUGGGCGAUGCGUUAAAAGACCACGCCUCCAAAUCAAGAGGGAAGAUCUGCACCAUCGGCAUCGCUCCCUGGGGCAUCGUAGAAAAUCAAGAGGAUCUCGUCGGGAAAGAUGUGGUGCGUCCGUACCAGACCAUGUCCAACCCGAUGAGCAAGCUGACGGUUCUGAACAGCCUCCACUCCCACUUCAUCCUGGCAGACAACGGCACCACGGGGAAGUACGGCGCGGAGGUCAAACUGCGACGGCAGCUGGAGAAACACAUCUCCCUGCAGAAGAUCAACACACGUAUUGGUCAGGGUGUGCCGGUGGUGGCUCUGAUCGUGGAGGGAGGUCCUAAUGUCAUCUCCAUCGUGCUGGAGUACCUCAGGGACACGCCCCCGGUCCCCGUGGUGGUGUGUGACGGCAGCGGCCGAGCCUCGGACAUCCUGGCGUUUGGACACAAGUAUUCUGAAGAAGGAGGCAUAAUUAAUGAGUCUCUAAGAGACCAGUUGCUGGUGACCAUUCAGAAGACGUUCACCUACAGCCGCACUCAGGCCCAGCAUCUGUUCAUUAUUCUCAUGGAGUGCAUGAAGAAGAAGGAGCUGAUAACAGUUUUUCGGAUGGGGUCAGAAGGCCAUCAGGACAUUGACCUUGCCAUCCUCACCGCGUUACUCAAAGGUGCCAACGCCUCUGCUCCUGACCAGCUGAGUUUAGCGCUGGCGUGGAACAGAGUGGACAUUGCUCGCAGUCAGAUCUUCAUCUAUGGACAGCAGUGGCCGGUGGGUUCCCUGGAGCAGGCGAUGCUCGAUGCCUUAGUCCUGGACCGGGUGGACUUUGUAAAGCUCCUGAUAGAAAAUGGCGUCAGUAUGCACCGUUUCCUCACACUUUCCAGACUGGAGGAGCUCUAUAACACGAGACACGGACCAUCCAACACGCUGUACCACCUCGUUAGAGAUGUGAAAAAGCGAGAAUAUCCAGGGUUCAGUUGGAUCUACUUCAAGGGAAAUCUGCCGCCGGACUAUCGCAUUAGUCUCAUCGACAUUGGACUGGUCAUUGAAUACCUCAUGGGCGGAGCAUAUCGAUGUAACUACACCAGAAAGAGAUUCAGAACUCUGUACCACAAUCUGUUUGGACCCAAGAGGCCCAAAGCCCUGAAACUCCUGGGGAUGGAGGACGACAUGCCGAUCCGCAGAGGACGCCAGAAGACCACGCGCAAACGGGAGGAGGAGGUGGACAUCGAUUUGGAUGAUCCGGAAAUCAACCACUUCCCUUUCCCCUUCCACGAGCUGAUGGUGUGGGCCGUGCUCAUGAAACGCCAGAAGAUGGCGCUGUUCUUUUGGCAGCACGGCGAGGAGGCCAUGGCCAAGGCCCUGGUCGCCUGUAAGCUCUGUAAGGCCAUGGCUCACGAGGCCUCCGAGAACGACAUGGUGGACGACAUUUCACAGGAACUGAACCACAACUCCAGAGAGUUUGCCCAGCUGGCGGUGGAACUCCUCGACCAGUCUUAUAAGCAGGACGAGCAGAUGGCCAUGAAGCUGCUGACCUACGAGCUGAAGAACUGGAGCAACGCCACCUGCCUGCAGCUGGCGGUAGCGGCCAAACACCGGGACUUCAUCGCUCACACCUGCAGCCAGAUGCUCCUCACCGACAUGUGGAUGGGACGUCUGCGGAUGCGGAAGAACUCCGGUCUGAAGGUCAUCCUUGGGCUGCUCCUGCCACCGUCCAUCCUCAGUCUGGAGUUCAAGAACAAGGACGAGAUGUCUUACAUGCCUCAGGACCAGGAGGCCUACCUGCAGGAGAAGGAGGAGGAGGAGCCUGAGAAGCCAGUCAAGGAGAAGGAGGAUGAAGACAUGGAGUUCACAGUAAGAUCUUACUGUGAGGCGCAGUACAACUCCGUGGCGAUGCUCGGUCAGGUAGCCACGGAAACAUCCAGAAAAAAGGAUGUUGAGGAGGUCCAGAACCGUCACCGCCUCAUCCCCAUGGGACGCAAGAUCUACGAGUUCUACAACGCGCCUAUUGUCAAGUUCUGGUUCCAUACGAUGGCAUACGUGGGCUACCUCAUGUUGUUCAACUACAUCGUCCUGGUGAAGAUGGACCUGUGGCCGUCUCCUCAGGAGUGGAUCGUCAUCGCGUAUAUCUUCACCAACGGCAUCGAGAAGAUGAGAGAGAUUCUGAUGUCAGAGCCCGGGAAGUUGCUCCAGAAGGUGAAGGUGUGGCUCCAGGAGUACUGGAACAUCACGGACCUCAUGGCCAUCCUCAUCUUCUCCGUGGGCAUGGUGCUGCGGCUCCAGGAGCCGCCGCUCAUGAGCUACGGGCGCGUCAUCUACUGCGUCAACAUCAUCUACUGGUACAUCAGGCUGCUCGACAUCUUCGGAGUCAACAAGUACCUGGGUCCCUACGUGAUGAUGAUUGGCAAGAUGAUGAUCGACAUGAUGUAUUUCGUCAUCAUCAUGUUGGUGGUGCUGAUGAGUUUCGGCGUGGCGCGUCAGGCCAUCCUCAACCCAAACGAGGACCCGUCCUGGAUGCUGGCGAGAAACAUCUUCUUCAUGCCGUACUGGAUGAUCUACGGAGAGGUGUUUGCCGACCAGAUUGACCAUAUGCAUAGUAGGAAGUUACAGCACAGGCUGAAUGAAAAACUCUGGCUGGUCGAAAAUUACUUUCGAACCCACGGAACCUGGCGUAGUAAUGGUCCAUCCCACAGUCAAAAUCCCACCCCCUGUGGGCAGAACAUCACCACUGAGGACGGCGUGGUGGCGCUGCCUCCCUGUAAGACCGGCGCCUGGAUCGUCCCGGCCAUCAUGGCCUGCUACCUGCUGGUCGCCAACAUCCUUCUGGUCAACCUUCUCAUCGCAGUGUUCAAUAACACAUUCUUUGAGGUCAAGUCCAUCUCCAACCAGGUCUGGAAGUUCCAGCGCUACCAGCUCAUCAUGACCUUCCACGAGCGGCCCGUCCUUCCUCCUCCGCUCAUCAUCUUCAGUCACAUCACCAUGGUCCUCAAGCACCUGUGCUGUCGCUGGCGCAAGCAUGACGACGACGAGAGGGAUUACGGCCUGAAGCUUUUCAUCACCGAGGACGAGCUGAAGAAAGUCCACGACUUUGAGGAGCAAUGCAUCGAGGAGUACUUCAGAGAGAAAGACGACAGGUUCCACUCUUCAAACGACGAGCGGAUCAGAGUCACGUCGGAAAGGGUGGAGAACAUGGCGAUGCGUCUGGAGGAGGUCAACGAGAGGGAACACUUCAUGAAGGCGUCGCUGCAGACUGUCGACAUCCGUCUGGCACAGAUGGAGGAGCUGAUUGGACGGAUCGCCGUCGCGCUGGAACGCGUGACGGGGGUGGAGCGCGGUGAGGUGAACAAAGUGCGCUCCAGGACUUCGUCUGACUGCACAGACUCUGCGUACAUACUCCGUCAGGGUGAGUGCCACGACGCGGCAUACAUCCUCCGCCAAAGCAGCUUUAACAGCACUGAGGGGAACUCCUACCGUCUGCAGGAGGCGCUGGAGGGAACGGCAGAGGGCUCCAUGUCCCCCCCCUCUCCUACGGCCGUGGCCAUGCGGACGAGGAGCCACUCGUUUUAUGUAGGAGGCGGUCGUGGCGGUGAACGCGCGAGUGGAGCCGAACGGGCUGAGAGCUUCUUCAAAGAGCGCUCGCUCAGUCUCCACCGAGCCAACAGCUCGCAAUCUGUGUCCUCAGCUGCCGCCGCCAAGGAGUCUAAGCCCCUCGCCCUGGCGACGCUGUCGGUGUCCCAGCAGCACCGUCCGUCAUCAUGCAUCGAUAUCUACGUCUCGACCUCUGAGGAGGUGGGACCUGCGGAGGUUUUCCUGGAUCCCAUCCGCGUGAUCCCACCCCUCCAGAGAGACUUGUCACUGCAGUCAGAUAUCAUGGAGGCGGCGCCACCUGGAGGCCGGGACUUCAGCAGCACCACCACCAGCGGCUUGGGCGACAGGCACUCGGAGGGCGGCGUGGGCAGCAGCGUAGCAGCUGGAGCUGCGUAUGACGACAGCGCGGCUGCCGAUCUGUCGCUGUGCUCGGCUCACCUCUUACCAGACACGACCUUACCUCUGUGGGACAUGGAUCCGUCUCCCCCUCCCUCAGCCGGGCUGCUCGAGCGCUCCAAGAGCAGCCGCUACCUCUCCACGGCGGGCACGGCGUUCCUGGACGAGCCGCCGCUGGUCAAAUCCCACAGCCUCAUGUUCACGCCGAGAGGCUGCUACGGUGGACUGGGGGCAGGAGUCCAGGUAAAAGCUGCAGAGUACACCAGCAUCACUGACUGCAUUGAUACACGCUGUGUCUCAGCUCCAUACACUCCUGUGGAACGCUCACACUCACCUGGAGGAUCCACCUCAUUCCCCUUUGAUAAGCCCACAGACAGUGUUUCCUCUCACCCAGAGAGGGAGGCAGAGCUCAGUCACACAGAGUCUGAUCCAGAGGAUCCCGAGGACCUGAUCCCAGCCUCUGAUACCCCUCGCCUCGGGAUUCUCAGUGGGCCCAGUGGUGCCCCUUUCUGCUCCCCCUUCUCCAGGCUUGAGCGGGCAAACAGCUGCUCCUCAGACGACUCCCAUCCUUCCCUCACGCUGGCUCCUCCGCACCGGAAGAGCCUGUCAGUGAGCGAGAGGAUGGAGAGGGGACCGGGUCUGGGGGCAGACAGGGGGCCUGGGCCGGGGGGGAGGGGUCUGGCAGGAACCAGAAACCCCUUCCUCAGGAGCAAGUCUGGAGCACGGCCUGACGCGGCCAAGACUGACAGCCUCUCCAUGAGGAAGCUGGCCACUCCGUCGGCCUUCCGCAGCUUUGAUAGACAAAACUACACGUGACAAGGAACAGUGGUCAGCACGCACACACACACACUGAUAGGACCAGCGAGGAAACCUGAAAGGGCCGAGGGUGAGAGUGAAAAGCAGGGUUGAAGUUGCCGCAGACGCUGAUCUGGAUCAGUUUUUACACUCUAGUUUUUAACAGAAAAAAAAAAAAGCUGACAAAAGUUUAUUCAUAGUACGUGCUAGACUUCGCCAACUUCGCCCUGGAUCAUGAAACCAGGGGGUAGGAAACGGGAGACGAAAGGGUCCUAAUGUACACCAGUCAAAUACAAAGAGCUAUGAAUCUAGACUAGUUUUUACCUCCUCAUGUAGCUGAGUAACUCUCAACUGGGUGUUUUUGGCAACGGAAGGUGUCUUUGUACUUGUAUGUCUUCCACCCGCCACCUUUUUACGUCAGUAGACAGCCGCCACUGUGUCACAUCACACAUCACUCACGUCACGUACUCCACUGUUACUCCUAUAGAUGCGCUGUAUAUGGUGGAAAAAGGGACAAAAAAAAAACCAGAGAAGAAUGACACGACGAGCCGCCCAAUUUUUGGUCUCUUCAUCUCAGCACAGACACAACACUUAUAACACAUUAAAACACCUUGUUCCCUUUUUUUGUCCGUAUAAUCCUACGACGCCCGGCACAAUCUGAACAGGAGCUGAUGAUUCUGAGAGGGAAUCAGUGUGUUUGGGACAGAGAAGACGGCGGCUUCACCACGGCAACAACUUACCUCUGUAUACACAAGUUACACCUUUGAAUAAUCACUAUUUAUCCUGGUUUGUUUUUUUUCAAAAGGAACACAGAAAAAUCGUCUUUCAUUCACAUACGUGUAGCAAAAGAGCAGCAGUGACCGGUGCAGUAAAAUCUGUGUUUGAUUAGUCAUGUGAUACAAGAAAGAAGAAGGUG